UGGCCCGGCAGCCUCGGCUCGGAGUUGGAGUGGUGCUUUUUUGUCAUGAUAAAUGUAGCUUGCAAAUUAGUGCCAAGAACACAUGUAGAUAUACGCUUAUGAGCACACAUGCACACGGCAGUUUUUACGUGCACUCUUUUACCUAUACAAAAGCACUCAUAUUAUUGAUUCUACUUACUUCUACCUAUGUCGAAAAUGUUAGCCGGGGAAGAGAAAAAGAAGAAGCAGAGCGUGGCUCUCAAAUUCCAGAAAAAUGUGAUGGGCAAGAUGGGAACCGGUUCAGCUAAGGCUGUGCUCAACGAUAAAGUCACAGAGGACCUUCUAGAUAACUUGCAUCAUCUGGUAUUAAUCGAUAAGGGAGAGAAAUACGCCGAGAAGUACAUGAAGGUGAGAAUAACGAGACAAUGA